AUUUAAUAAACUCUAGGGUUUACUUCUAUUUCCUGGGUGUAACCCUCCCAGGUGGCGUAGUCGAAUUUGUUACAAGUAGAUCAAUUUGAGCUUGUGUGUGACAAGCUGUACUGCUCAGCCCUACCAUCCCCCCUCCCGCCACAAUAACAUCUAUUAAACAUUGUGUCUUUAAAGCAGAAAGAAGAUAAGCACUGCACUUCAAUUCUAAUAAAGAAGCUGCAAAGGAAAGACAGCAAGAUCUGAAAGUUGAAGAAAGAAGCAAGUUGCAUCUUAAAUAUCAAUAGAAAAAAAGAACAUCUAGAAACAUAAAAAAAUGGACAAGAAGAAAGAACCCAUGAGUAAUGAAGAAGCCAUCAACAAAGAGGGCAGUGGGCUCUAUCGUUUACCUCUGGUUGAUGUGCAAGGCAUACCUCUUAGGAGGCUGAUCGCUCAAAACUGGAGCUCCGUUUGUGCUUUUCGCCCAGAUCCAUCAGAUAUGCUCAUCUCCACGUACCCUAAAGCAGGUACCACAUGGACCCAGGAAAUAGUGGAUCUGCUGCUCCAUAAUGGAGAUGCUGAUAUUUGCAAGAGAGCUCCAACUACUGUGCGCAUCCCUUUUCUAGAGAUCAAUUCUCAUCCCCCAAAUCCAUCAGGACUUGACCUACUAAAAAAAAUUAAACCUCCCAGAGCCAUCAAGACACACUUACCCAUACAGCUAGUACCUGAAGGAUUCUGGGAAAAUAAAUGCAAGGUUAUUUAUGUGGCUCGAAAUGCUAAAGACAACCUUGUCAGCUACUACCACUUUGACCGAAUGAAUCUGAUUCAGCCAGAACCAGGUUCAUGGGAAGAAUAUGUUCAGAAGUUCAUGAAGGGAAAAUUGGCCUGGGGCUCUUGGUAUGACCAUGUGAAAGGUUACUGGAAAGAAAAAGAGAAGAGGAAUAUUCUUUACCUUUUCUAUGAGGAUAUGAAAGAGAACCCUCGCAGAGAAAUAGUGAAAAUAAUGGGGUACUUGGACCUGUCACUAUCUGAUGCCAUUAUUGAUAAGAUUGUGAAGUUGACAUCCUUUAAAGUUAUGAAGGACAACCCAAUGGCCAACUACUCAUUCAUGCCAAAGGAAAUGUAUGACCAGUCCAUCUCUACUUUCAUGAGAAAAGGGGAGGUUGGAGACUGGACCAACUACUUCACACCAGCUCAGUCCCAGAUGUUUGAUGAGGACUAUGCCAGAAAAAUGGCUGACAUGGACAUUCCUUUUCGCACCAAAAUAUGAAAAACGUCAAGAAGAAUCAAAACCUGCACUUUAAGAUGAAUCAAAAAUCAAUCAAAAUGUCAAAUUUUGCUGAUUUAUGCUCCUGUACAAACAACCUGUACAAACAUUAUUCAUUUUUGACUGCAUUUUGAUCUGAACUUGAUAGGGCAAAAUAUUUGACUGUAAAUAUAUAAUGUUCUAAAAUUAACCAAUAAUGUGGAAUGAGAUAUGCCAUGCAGCAUAUAUAUUAUAAAAUGCAAUCAAUAACAAGUGCACCAAACCAAAGCAGAAAGACCUCCUAACCAAAGACAGCACCAUUUUUGGCAAAAGUUUUUAAAAAUUGUUUGAUGUAUAAUCAUUUACAGCAUUGUUGACCCGAACAAUUAAUACAUAA